AUGGAGCCCACGCAAGACUAUCCACUGUUUGGGGGCGCCUUCUCCGCCACGCUCCCUGUCGGGGCCAUUGACAUCAGCGACCUCCGACCGAUCCCGGACAACCAAGAAGUGUUUUGCCACCGCGUGACGGACCAGAGCCUGAUCGUGGAGCUUCUGGAGCUGCAGGCCCACGUGCGGGGAGAGGCGGCCGCGCGGUACCACUUUGAGGAUGUUGGUGAGGUGCAGGGAGCUAGGGCUGUUCACGUGGAGGCUGUGCAGCCCCUCCUUUUGGAGAACCUGGCCCUGAGGGGCUGCUGUGAAGAAGCCUGGUUCCUCUCAGGCAAGCAGCAGGUAGCUAAAGGGAACCAGCAGGUAGCAAAGGAUGUGACACUGCACCAGGCCUUGCUGAGGCUAACUCGGUACCAGACUGAUCUCCUGCUCACCUUCAAUCAGCCCCCCCCUGACAAUAGGUCAUCUCUUGACCCUGAAAAUCUGUCAUUUCCACCCUGGAGCCUGGGUGACUUUGAACGGCUGGUGACCAGUCUGACUCUUCAUGAUCCCGGCAUCUUUGGCCCCCAGUAA